AUGGGGGCAAGCAAGGGACUGACUGCAGCGUGGCGUUCCGACACCUUCCCGCUUCCAACUUCUUUCCAAUUCUCAAGUAAGAGUGGCAUUCUCUGCUCGACACCUCAUGCAGCUGGACAGACAUCUGCCCGAUUCCCACGAGCCACCGAAGGUGCCAUUGGUGGCCAUGCCUCCUGCUUGAUGGGAUGGUCGGCGGGAAACGCAGACGCAGACGCCGACGCAGACCCAGAUCCAGACCCAGAUCCAGACGCAGACUCGAGGUCUAGACUCGACAGACUCCUUCGAUCCAGACUCAGGUCGCCACAUUGCAGCAGUGCCGCAGUGCAGCGCAGCGAUGCAGCGCAUGUUCAGCAGCACCCAUAUACAAACAAAGUACACUCGUCGAGGCGCGACGGCUUCGUAACCAUGCGCCAUCCUUCUCUCGGAGGAUCUCUCAUCGUGGUCACGAUCCACUGUCCUGGAGAUGGGAAGAAAAUUGCAAGUGCUAGGGCCGGCUUGGCGAUAUAA